AUCUAGUAUUAUUUUCUGCGUGCAGUUGUAUUUUUAAAUUUGGCGCUAACGGUCACACUGGUUAUAGGCACGUAAAUAAAUUGUAGUCUUGUUUUAGACUGUUUUUAAAUUAUUUUCAAUCAAAUUGAAAGAAACAUGUCUAUAGCUAAACGUGUGCAGCAAUGGGCCACAUUUGCCAGACAAUGGCACAUUUACGAUUGCACUUGGCAAAAUCCUUUCGAGUCCGCUCGGCUGGUCAAGACACAUCUGAUGGGUCUGCACAAGCCCAUCUAUCAUCCAAUGAUCUUUCGGCGAAACUUGUGCACAACACAACAGCCGGCAAUUCAUCAGAAUAGUUUGUCAUUAGUACCGAUUUAUACGCUACAACAACGCCGAAAUAUGGGCCGUUUGGGUAAAGUUGAUCCUAGCAGCUACUCGCAGCCAGAGCUGAUAACCACCGAGCACAGCGCCAUCAAUUGGCAGGUGGACUUUACUAACACUAAGUUGAGAGGCAGCGUCCUGCACAAAUUUAAUGUGCUGAGCAAUGAGCUGGACAAGAUCUUGUUGGAUGUGCGCGAUAUUGAGGUGAAGAACGCCACGUUGCUAGCUGGCGGCACUGAAGUGCCCAUCAACUACUUCAUCAGCGAUCCCGUGGCCGAUAUCGGCCAAAAGCUGACGCUGGAGUUGCCAGCCGGCACAGCAAAGGGCAUUUUAAGCGUACGCAUUGAUUACGAGACCGCAAACAAUGCCAGUGCCCUGCAAUGGCUGAGUCCCGCCCAGACGCUGGGUAAACAGCAUCCCUACAUGUUUUCCCAAUGCCAAUCGAUACAUGCGCGCUCUGUCAUACCUUGCCAGGAUACGCCUGCUGUCAAGUUCAGCUACGAUGCGGUUGUUGAGCAUCCCAGCGAGCUGACGGCGCUGAUGAGCGCCAUCAUUGACAAACAGGAGGCGGGCAAGACUCACUUUAAGCAAACGGUGCCCGUACCAGCAUAUUUGGUGGCCAUUGCCAUUGGAAAGCUGGUGUCACGUCCACUUGGCGAGAAUUCAAAUGUGUGGGCUGAGGAGGGCAUUGUUGAUGCUUGCGCCCAGGAGUUUUCGGAAACAUCGACUAUGUUAAAGACCGCCUCGGAUUUGUGCGGUCCUUAUGUGUGGAAACAAUACGAUUUGCUGGUGAUGCCUCCAUCCUUUCCCUAUGGUGGCAUGGAGAAUCCUUGCCUGACUUUUGUCACGCCCACUUUGCUAGCUGGCGACAAGUCGCUGGCUGAUGUGGUGGCCCAUGAGAUUGCGCAUAGUUGGACGGGUAAUCUGGUGACCAAUAAGAAUUUUGAGCAUUUCUGGCUUAACGAGGGCUUCACGGUGUUUGUUGAGUCCAAGAUUAUGGGUCGCUUAGAAGGCGACAAAGAGCUGGACUUUAGGAUGCUGAGCAAUCUUAUCGAACUGCAAGAGUGUUUGCGUUCACAACUCUCUGAUACACCCGAACUCACCAAAUUGGUGGUCGAUUUGAGUAACUGUGGACCCGAUGAUGCCUUCUCGCAGGUGCCUUAUUAUAAGGGCUCCACAUUCUUGCGGUAUUUGGAAGAUCUGUUUGGCGGUCCUUCCGUUUUUGAACCUUUUCUGCGAGACUAUCUGAAGAAGUACGCUUACAAAUCGAUUGAAACCAAUGACUUUAAGGAAGCGAUCUACGACUACUUCAAGGAUUCAGCGCAAAAGGACAAGCUGAGCGUUGUCGACUGGGACUUGUGGUUAAAGGGCGAGGGCAUGCCACCCAUUAUUCCUAAAUUCGAUGAAACCCUGGCAAAUGUCAUCAAGGAUUUAUCGAAUUUGUGGAGCACCCAGACUUGUGAGCAAUUGGUCAACAACCCUGAACUGAAGAAACCGAUUUCGGUGCAUCAACAGAUUGCCUUCUUGGGCAAACUGAUUGAGAGCAAGGACAUUGUUGAGCUAAACGCCCAGAAGAUUGAUCUGCUGGAGAGCACCUACAAUCUUAAGCAAUCGAAAAACGCUGAGUUGCGUUUCCGCAUCAACCGUUUGAUUAUUCGUGCUCGUCUAAUUGAGCGCCUUAAUGACAUCAUUGAUUUCGCCAACUCCAAUUAUCGCAUGAAGUUCUGUCGCCCCAUCUAUCGUGAUUUGGCUGCUUGGCCCGAGGCUAAGCCCAAGGCUGUGGAGAACUUCCUGAAAGUGAAGGAUGAAAUGAUGGCCAUGUGCUCGUCGCAAGUCGAAAAAGACUUGGGCUUGAAAUCGGCAUAAAGUUAAUGUUGUAUAGACACGUAUAUCAUUUUGAGAAUAACACCUGCAUUUUUGAGAAUUUAAAAUUAAAAGAGAAAGAAAAUUUGUUAGUACUCGUA